CGUCUCGACCGAUUUCUCUCCAGGAAUUGUCUUUCCCAGAAACCACUCAUCCUCAAUCUCCCUAGGAAUAACGAGUGGAGAAGGAGGCCGCCGCCCUCGACCUCUCAAAUCUCAUCUCUCUAUCUCCCCAUUGCCAAGCCUUCCUCGUCGGUGUCGCCGGCGUCGGCCACUGGGAGGAGAUGGCGUCGUCGCUGUACGCGCCCAACCUCGAAGAUUACCUCCCCACGGAGUCGGACUCGCCCCCGCAGGAACCCACCACGAGUCUCAACCUGCGCGAUCUGCUGGACAUCUCGCCGGUGCUCACCCAGGCGGCGGGUGCCAUCGUCGAUGAUUCAUUCACACGUUGCUUUAAGUCAAAUUCUCCAGAGCCAUGGAACUGGAACAUUUAUUUGUUCCCAUUAUGGUGCUUGGGAGUUGUCAUAAGAUACGGACUACUGUUUCCGCUGAGGGCCUUAACACUUCUAUUAGGAUGGCUGGCCUUCUUCGCUGCAUUUUUCCCAGUGCAUUUCCUCAUGAAAGGGAAAAGUAAGCUAAAACGUAAAAUAGAGAGAAAGCUGGUUGAAAUGAUGUGCAGUGUUUUUGUUGCUUCUUGGACUGGAGUUAUUAAGUACCAUGGACCACGCCCAAGCUCACGACCUUAUCAGGUAUUUGUUGCAAACCAUACAUCAAUGAUAGAUUUCAUCAUUCUGGAGCAGAUGACAGCAUUUGCUGUCAUCAUGCAAAAGCACCCUGGAUGGGUUGGAUUUAUUCAGAAGACUAUAUUGGAAAGUGUGGGUUGCAUCUGGUUUAACCGUAAUGAUCACAACGAUCGUGAAGUAGUUGGAAGAAAGUUACGUGACCAUGUGCAACAUCCGGACAACAAUCCGCUCUUGAUUUUCCCAGAAGGAACUUGUGUCAAUAAUCAGUACACCGUGAUGUUCAAGAAGGGUGCUUUUGAGCUGGGCUCUGCUGUGUGUCCAAUAGCUAUCAAAUAUAACAAAAUAUUUGUUGAUGCCUUCUGGAAUAGUAAGAAGCAAUCUUUUACAAAGCACUUGGGUCGUCUUAUGACAUCGUGGGCUGUUGUUUGUGAUGUCUGGUUCUUGGAACCUCAGUAUCUCAGGGAAGGAGAGACAUCGAUAGAAUUUACUGAAAGAGUAAGGGACAUCAUAGCUGCUCGAGCUGGCCUUAAGAAGGUUCCAUGGGAUGGCUAUCUGAAACAUAAUCGCCCUAGCCCAAAACACACCGAGGAGAAGCAGCGCAUGUUUGCCGAAUCUGUGUUGAGGAGACUUGAGGAAAACUAAAUAGGUGCUACUGGUUAGGGAUUCACCAUUUAGCUACUAUAUGUAAUCCGUUUGGUCCCAAGCGAAAUCUGGGGCAUGUGGAAAUGACUGCCGCCGUUUUUCUCAAAAUUUGUUCAGUUUGACAGAAUCAGUAGCGCGUGCUUGGCAAGAAACAACUAUAAUGGCAAGAAACAACUAUUGCAUGUACUUGUGUGGCUAAAGAUCUUUUUGUAUCUUCUGAUCCGUUAGUGUCUAACACAUAAGCAUUUGUGUUGUGUCA